UAAUUAUGGUCCUAGGUCUAAUGUCAAAGUCGGGCAAGGUGUGGGUUGGGCCCAACGGUGCUUGCAUGAAACUCGUUCUUCCCUGGUCAACACGAAUGUCGGGUUUUCCGUUACCUUCUUGUUGUUGAGUACAUUUUGGAAUAACUGAUCUGUGGUGAGUGAAAAUGGGAAAUUCCUUGAACAGAUUCUGAUUUGACAGAGAGAGAAGAUUGAGAUGAGGAAAGAGGCGGUGGUGGUGGUGGUGUUGGGAGCGGUGAUGGCGGCAGCGACGGUGGUAGGGGUGGGGGUGGUAGUGAGGAGGUGGAAGAGGAGUGAGAGAAAGUGGAGAAAGACACAACGCAUUCUAAGAAAAUUCGCCAGUGAAAGCGCAACCCCUGUUUCAAAGCUAUGGCAUGUGGCUAAUGACCUGGUUUCCCAUAUGCAAUCAAACCUUGCUUCCGAAUCCCCUGAUCAUCAACCCAUCCUCACAAUGCUCGUCUCCUACCUCUCUUCUCUCCCCUCCGGGGAUGAGAAAGGAUUGUACUACGGAGUGAAUAUUAGGGGUGAAAAUUUCUUGAUGUUGAGAGCGCGACUUGGGGGAAAGAACGAGCCUAUUUCUGAUCUACAGAGGGCUGAGAUCUGUAUUCCUCCCCAUUUGAUGGCCGGUACUUCUAUGCAAUUAUUCGACUACAUUGCUCUGCAACUAGGAAAAUUUAUUUCAACACAUUCUGAGAAUGGCAAAGAAGAUAAUACAUCAGCAAGACAGAGAAAACUGGGUGUUACUAUAUCAUAUCCAGUGGACCAAGCUGCAGCCUCCUCUGGAACAGCCAUUAAAUGGAAGAGUUUAGCUGUUGAUGACACGGUUGAGUUUGCUUUUCUCCUUCUAUUUAUAAAACAUGCAAUGCAAUCAUCAGGUUGGGGGUUGAGGGCCACAAUUUUUGUGGUUCAAAUGGCUGGUGUGGACAUGCGCGUUUUUGCAUUGGUUGAUGAAACUGUAGGAGAUUUGGCUGGAGGUAGAUAUUACAACAAAGAAACUAUAGCUGCAAUUACCCUUGGGAUGGGCACUAAUGCUGCUUAUGUUGAGACUGCACAGUCAGUUCCCAAAUGGAAGGGACCAUUCCCCAAAUCAGGAUACGUGGUGAUUAACAUGCAAUGGGGAAGCUUCAGUUCCUCCCAUCUUCCAUUAACCGAGUUUGAUGCUUCUUUAGAUGCUGAAAGCUCAAAUCCGGGUAACCAGAUCUUCGAAAAGCUCAUUUCAGGAAUGUAUCUGGGAGAGAUUGUUAGAAGAGUUAUACUGAAGAUGGCCCAGGAAACAGCUUUGUUUGGAGAUACAGUACCACCCAAACUUGCUAUUCCUUACUCAUUGAGGUCACCGGACGUGGCUGCCAUGCAUCAAGAUACAUCAGAGGAUCAUGAAGUCGUCAAUGAAAAACUGAAAGAAAUAUUUGGGAUUACCAAUUCAACUCCAAUGGUGAGACAAGUGAUUGCCGAGGUUUGCGACAUUGUAGCUGAGCGUGGAGCCCGCCUUGCCGGUGCUGGCAUAGUUGGGACAAUAAAGAAGCUUGGAAGAAUAGCAAAUAAGAGGAGUGUAGUUACCGUUGAAGGCGGACUUUACGAGCAUUACAGAGUAUUUAGAAACUAUUUGCACAGCAGUGUUUGGGAGAUGCUUGGAAAUGAACUCUCUGACAAUGUCAUCAUCGAGCAUUCGCAUGGUGGCUCUGGAGCCGGAUCUCUCUUUCUUGCUGCUUCGCAAACAGAAAAUGACGAUUCCUAGUACCUUAAUAUAUUUGGAUUAACAAGACUUUUUUUUUUUUUAAUUUUUAAUUUUUUUUUUUUUUUUUUUUUAUAGCACAUUACAGAACAAUAAUUGAUAAAACUCUGCACUCCACUAGAAAUUGUGGUUUGCGAAAUCAUGUCUUCUGCACUUCAAAUUUGGUCUCAGCUUGGCUAAAACUAUAAAUGAAAUCCAAUUUUUUGAAAAAACCAAAUGCACUGAAAUCAUAUUACUACGUUUAUCUGAUCAUUAUGAUCUGUUUCAAGAAUGAUUUAGAUACAAGUAACUAAAAUAUUAACUG